AUGACAAACUAUACCCACAUGACCGAAACGGGGACGAAUACGACUACCGGCACGUUUGGUAUCAGCGGCGUUCUGUGUACACCGAAAGCAGGGGAUAUGCACAAUGGCGCGGUUCAGCUGCUUGUUCAUGGGAUUGGCUUUGAUUCGUCUUAUUGGGAUCUGCCUUAUCAUCCGGAGAAUUAUUCGUACGUCCAAGCGGCAGCGGCAGCUGGAUGGACGACCUUCCGGUAUGACCGGCUCGGCACCGGUCAGUCUCACCACCCCUCAGAUGGCUUUCGUCUCGUCCAAGCAUCCACCGAUCUCGCGAUCCUCAUGCAGUUCAUCACUCUCCUCCGCUCCGGCUCCAUCAACUCCACAGUAUUCAGCAACAUCGUCGGCGUUGGACAUUCGUACGGCUCCACCCAGCUCACAGCGCUGAGCGGACUGAACCCCUCUGCAGUGGACACGCUUAUCCUCACCGGCUUUAGCGACAGCCUGGCUUCCCGAGCGCUGUUCGUCGCCGGCGCGUUGUACACCCGAGCAGCGGAUGUCAAUCCAGCGGCAUUCAGCUCUCUCCCGGGGUCGUACGUGAUGACCGGCCUUCCUCAAGGGAACCAGUUCCAGUUUUUUUACUACCCGUUCUUUGACCCAGGGGCGUUCGUCCAGGCUAGGGCAACCGAGCAGCCCGCAGCGCUUGGCGUGUUCAGCACUCUGGGCACUAUCUCUGGCGGGUCGAGUAACUUCACCGGGCCGGUGCAUCUCGUCACGGGUGAGAGAGAUCUUGCUUUCUGCGGUGGAGAGUGUGAUGUCGUGCCUGUUGGUAUGAAUCGGACGAUACUCCAGUUGACGAACGACAUGGUCUUCCCGAAGUCAAGGAACGCCUCGGUGUACUCUCCCCCUAAUACGGGACAUGGUGUCAAUCUGCAUCUGUCGGCGCCAGAGACUUAUAAGGAGAUUAUGGGUUGGUUGGAGUCUAUAUACUGA